AUGGUACCUCACUCCGGAUCUGUUGGACCUAACAAGAGCGAGGGUCAGAUCGAGAGCCAUUCCAGUUCCGCCGUCAGGGAAAUAUCCCCGGAUAACGAGGUGACUCCAACAGCGGCCUGGAACUCGACAUUUCCUCCGGAACACUAUCUAGCUGAAGCAGAGAACCUGGAUGUCUCCCAGACUCCGCAGAAGCGGUACAGCGACGGCAUGCAGGCUAAACUGGAUCAGACCCGCGUUUACUAG